AUGAAACGACUUGUCACUUCACUCAUAGUGACAGACUCCUGGUGGUCAUACAAACUCGGCACGACACCCGUCGUAUCUACACAGGCAGUGCGUUAUGACUUACCCUGCUCUGAGGAACUAUAUCGAAGUCCGUCUGCGCGGUCUUGGAAGCGCCUUGUCGAUGAAAACGAUGGCAUCGACAAUGAGCCCAUAUUGAUCCAGUUGCAUACACCCUGGGUGGCGCUGCGGCCCUCGUGCUGCGUGUCUCCGGCAGGCAUGUUCGGUCUCUUGUCCAUUAUCUGGAUUCGUAUGCUGAACAUGCGCCAGCGUAUGAUACCUCCAUGGCCCGUGGCCGCAGAGCAAGGAAAGAGACUGAUUUUACCUGUGGCCAUCUAUAUGGCAGACGAAUCAGGUCAGACUCUAACAGAUGGCUUGCUGGAUAUUUACAAAACGCAUAUCCAAUUUUUACAGGAUGGAAAUCCCCAUUGCGUGAUUCUGUGGCACUUCCUCAACCUCCAGCUGCUUGUGAAUGUGGAGAUUCUUGAAAGUGCUAUUGGUCGCUAUGGUGUCGAGAAUGCCUACACCGCCUUACCCUUUAUCACCGCGUGGAGUAAAACUUCGUCCGCAAGACGGGCUUGUCUUCACGCGGCGGGAAUCUACAAAGCAAUGAAUCGCCGGCGGAUCAAUGACGGUAUCAUAAUUCACACAGAAUCGGCCGGAUUCCAUGCAGCCCUUGUCAUGGCAUUGUACGGGUUCGUGGUUCAAACUUCUGAGCACCAGGAUCUUGGGUCUCAAAGAAAUCCCACUCGCGGGCCGAAUGGGGAUGCGGAACCUUAUGAGGUUCUGGAUGACGUUGACUGGCCCGCCUUGGGGCUCAUGGGUCUCGAGCCGCCAUCAGAGAUGGCAACUACUUGGAAUGGGCCGAACAGCCCGGCUCAAUCUUUCAUAGAGAAUAGUUCUCCUCUUAGCUUCAUGGGAACUGUUUUGAAUGGGGGGUAUGACAGCGCCCAGAUGAUUUUGCUGGAGUAUGCCAAUCUUUUAGGAGAUCUAGGCGAAGGAACAAGUGAAGGACUUGGCCGAGUCCUCAGAAUAAUGAGUAACUCGCUGGUCGACAUGGAGCUCAAUAACCCGCCACAAAGAAAUGCCUCCGCGACUUGA